GUGGUCAACUUGAAUGUCGAAACUCACGACCUUGGAUGUAGUAAGAAUGUCUGGGUCAGUAAAUUCACAUGUUUCUCAAUCAGAAUGAUGUAUGACUACCUGGUCAACCCAAAUUCGAAAUCCAUUUCAAAGCAAAUGACUUCGAUGUCAGGAAUUUUUUAAGAACUGUUAAACAAAGUCCUAUCUUUUAAGUGUCGCCUAAGUGGUGCUAGAUGGGUUCUUGUAAAUUUACCUCGAAAUUCUUUCGUUUUAAAUUUCGGACGCAAUACAUAGGAUUAUCCACACACUGAAUUUGUGAAAGAACUGAUUCCUUGACUCAAUGACCUGUGAUCCGAUUGUGGUCGCCACGUAUCCUACUUUUUUAAGAAACCUGCAGCGAUAAUUUCACUGCUUUCACACCAAUGGGAAGUUUUUCAAUCCUUGUGCUUUUGUAUGACCAGGUUUACAACGUACUUUUACAUCGAUUGUUGUUCCAUUGAACCUUAGUGAUGGUGAUGCUAUGUGACCUGUUCCACUGGAGAUAGUUAAUUAGCAUGUGAAAUGCGGGAUAAUAACACUAAGAAGUAUCCAAAGAUAAAGUUUAAAUGUCCGCUUCAGAUCAAAUGUCAUCCUUGUAUUCAUGUCAAUAAUAUCACUACAGUUCUUGAUGCUGUUAAUAUUUCAUCUGGAAGAAAGAAUGUCACCAAGUUAAGUCCUGUUGCUUUAGAUUGUGAAAUGGUUGGUGUUGGUCCUGAAAAAUCUAAUGCUUUGGGGCGUAUCAGUAUUGUUGAUUAUGCAGGAGAAGUGUUGUAUGACGUCAUUGUUAAACCUGAGAAAGAGAUUUCCGAUUAUCGAACACCUUGGAGUGGAAUACGUCAAAAAGAUAUGUCCCGCGGAAUACCAUAUUCUUGUGUUCAUGAAGAUGUUAAGAGUAUCAUAGAAAAUCGUAUUGUGGUGGGACAUAUGAUCGAAAAUGAUUUCUCUGUCUUAAAUUUGAAGCAUCCUUUUCAUUUGGUGCGUGAUACCGGAAAAGUUUCGUAUCUCAAACUGCUUGCUGAUUUUCCUGUAAAAAUUCCCGUUGGGUUGAGAGCUCUUUCACUUAGACUUUUCGGUAUCUGUAUUCAAGAUCAUGAACACUGUUCGACUGAAGAUGCUCGUGCAUCAAUGGCUCUCUAUCGGUUAGUUGAAAAACAGUGGGAAGAGGAUUUACGUAGAAGUUUGCACAAAACUGCUAAAGUUCACAAGGACAAUUCACCCUCGAACAACUGUCAAGAUAUAUCAUCGAAUGACUUACGUAAAGUAGAACAACUGCAUCCUUAUCCUUCACCGCAUUCUGUCGAAUACUCUCUUGAAGAGCUAGCUGAUGAAUCCAAAUCAUUGGUAGAUGAUAACAAUAGUAAUAACGGUGAUGAUGGUUAUGAUGAUAAUAAUAAGGAUAAUAAAAAACGUAAAACUGUGUGAAUACUUCAAUUGUGAUGUCAUAUUCUAAUUUGUCAUUCGAUGCAUUGUUUGACAGUUUCGUAUCAUUUUGUAUUUCGCUAUUGAUGACUUUGUGAGUAUCACGUUCUGAAUCGAAUGAAUGAUGUGAAGAAUACUUUAUCUUUGACAAGUGUUAGAGAGAAUAAUAACUACUUGUCUUUUUUGGACUUAUUGAUCGGUUGACAGCAAGUUGAGUCAAUAAAACGAUCUAUCUAUCUAUCUAUCGAAAGGCUACAUGGACACGACAGUACUUAAAAUAUCACAGUGUCUUCCCGGUCCAACACAAACGAGGUUUAGUGAGAUGCCUAUUGGAUGGGAUUCAACGAAUAUGCACAGCCGAUAAGUUGGAAGAAGAGAUAAGAUUACUGAUGGAGGCGUUAAUUCAGGGC